GUGCCUGCCAAAGAGAACGACAAUCGAGUUGUUCCCCAGGCGAAUGUUGCCGGCAAGCAUUCGCCGGGUGUCUACCGGUGCAUCCAUGCCCCUCGCGUCGCGAUCCGUGCUGCACCGGCGGCCAACGCUGAGGUCUUGGACACAAUCCGCCCUGGGGAUCUGGUACGUGUAGCCGAGAUCGAAGCUGGGCACUGGGCCCGCCUGGACGACGACGAGGUCUGGGCUCGCUGGACGAUGAACUGGCCGCGCUGGCCCAAAGGUGUGACGGAGGACGGUGAGGAUAUCGGGGCUGGUGCUGCCAGCAAGGCGGCUGUUCCCUCGGCGGCCUACAUCCUCAUUGAUGGCACACAGGUGGGCCUGAAGACGCAGCUGAUAGAGCGGCUUCCUGAUGACGAGGCGGAGAAGGCGCAGUGGCCUUUCGGCAAGGCUCUCGAGCACCACUGUGCCGAGGUGAACGCGGCCUAUCAGCGCCAGGUUCCGGAGGCAGCCAAGGCCUUGAGGCAGAGGUUCGUGGAUGCUGCGCUCAAAUACGUCGGCAUCCCUUAUCACCGAAGCUACCACGAUCCUUCCAGUGGGAAGUGCAAGCCCGGUAGCAAGCUGAAGGAUGCGCCCCUCUUUCUGGACAACAUCCAACUUGUGCAGAAGGUGAUCGAGGACCUCAAGCAGGAGUUUGGCUUCUUGCUGAUUUCGAACUGCAAGCCUGUGCACUGCCGCGCCACGCUGCCCAUCUCUUUUGAGGAUCCAGCCGACUGCGAACCCGGGGACCUCAUCUUUCACGAGGAGCUCGACGUGGAUGGGGCGCCGUCCGGGCGGAUCUCCCAUGUGGAGAUCUUCAUCGGCGGCUCCACCGGCCGCGAAUCUCUGGGCUCCAUGCCCUGGAACGCGCACCCGCGGACGCGUGAGAAGGACGGCGUACAGAUCUUCGAGGACUAUAGGAUUGCCAAAGAAACGGGAAAGGCGGACUAUCGUCUCCACUGCCACUCCAUCCGCACCUGGCUGCUGUCAGAGGAGCGAAUCCCGUCCAUCAGGCACCGUCUUAUGAACAGGCUCACCUCCCUUCCGAACCUCGUUUCCUUGCACCCGCAGCCGAUUCUGCCCAAAUCAGACGCAGCCGGCGCCGCGUUCGUGCAGCAGAGAGUGCUUGGUUCCUGCUGCUCGGUGCCAGACCUCCAGACCAUCCCAGACCCAACCUGUUUGAGAGCUAGCUGCGAUGCUUCGGCUGCUACAAGUAGCUGCAGCCAUUUCACGUCUCGCAGCAGCUGCAGCAAGUUGUCGGAUAGGCAGAGUAUCUCUUUGCGAGGGGUGCAGUGA